AUGCCAAUUGUACUUCAAGCGACAAUGCCCGAAGGUACAAACGCGCAAGUAGAUGCUUUUCAAGCCAACUCUGACACAAACACGACGGACUCGACGUCCCAGGACUGGUUAGAGAUUAUGGAACGCGAAGCAGCAGCAGAAAACCAACAAGUUCCACCUGAAGACAACAAUUUCCGCAAGGAAAAUUCUACGGCUACAGACAUAGAAGGUUCUGGCAAUCUGUGUGACGAUAGGGCAGGUGAGACGACCUCACAUGACCUGCAUUUGGGCACCAGUCAUACAAAUGUAGUUGCAGAACCAAGCAUCGAAGGAAAACCUAAAAAUAAGACACAUUCUCAGGAAACAAAAUCGUGGUCAGGUCUUUUUACAAAAUUAACUAGGGGAAGGGCAACCUACUCCACCUUCUCCCCCAGAGCCAAUAUAAGUACAAAGAACAGAAAUGCACUCCUGUUUGAUAUACAGAGACUUAAUCAAAUCUCUACUAAUGACAUAGUGGCCACACUUUACGGCAAAAUGGGAGGGGACUUUAUAGGGGCCAAACCACAUUUUGUCAAAGGAACCC